GGCAAGCACACCUACCGUGAUAUGAGUAGAGGGAGAUCCGGUAUAGCUCAUCUUGACUUGUCAGUCUUGGUGAUGAGAAGUUAUCGUGAGUCACUCGGGCCGAAUAGGAGGCGGAAGAAUGGCAUGGGCAGAUUUUCCUCUUUGGCGCACAGACGCCAACGUCUGCUUCCGCUCCCUCUUUCCGAAGCUCGUGCGGGGGGAUGACGAGUCCCUUGUCAGUGACCUUGUACAUAAAGCUUAGAGGAAGCAAGGGCAAGAGGACUUCGCUCGAGCAGCCUUCCACUCCCAGCAUGUCUCAGGCGAACCUACCGGAGACGUCUUCAUCGGCUCCUGCAUCCUCAAGUACAGAUACACACUCCCUCUACUCGUCCAUCUUCCUGGCUGGCGUGUAUGGAUCGAACAUUGCUCACCACAGCAGCCGCGGCGGGGGUUCAGCAGGCUCGCCAUCGGCCGCUGCGAGGAAUUGUAUCAAGCCGUGGGACAGGAGGAGCGAUGUGGGCGUAUGGACGGAGAGCCUAGAGGCAGGACAUCUUGUCAUCAACAUACCGUUCGGCAGCCCAGUCAAAGUCUCCUCCGUGCUCAUCAAUCAAGGAGCAGGUCAGACAGCACCUCAUCGCCUCCGCAUAUACGUCAACCGGCCCAACGGACUGGGCCUGGAAGAUGUCUUCGAAGGCUCCUCUCCCUCGACAUCUACGGGCACUCCAUCUUCCGGUCUACCUCAAGCCGACUUCUUGCUGCGAGAGCAGGACCAAGCAGCUUCUUCGGCGGAGGAGAGGGUACAGGAGUACCCACUAGGCAGAUUCGCAGCGAGAUUUGCUAGCGUCAAUUCUCUGCAUGUCGUUCUGUCCGACGCAGAAGAGCCUCCCUCCCGUGUCUACUACCUUUCCUUCAGAGGCACAGCCCCAAAAGACCCGCCCAACCGCAACGACCGUCUGACCGUGCAGGCAGAAGAUGCAGCGAGCAACCCGAUGGGCAAGGUGAGGGAGUCGGCAGGGGGAGCAUCGGCCCCUGUGAGGGGUUCAUCGCACGCAGCUGAUGGCACUGGAGGUCAGGCGAGGUAGACACGAGGAGGCUCGGGGGGAGAGCACCUGUCGGAAUUCGCGCAUAGAAGCCCUUGUCAUGUAUACUACACCUACACAGCUGAUGAAGAGGUCGAGUGAAGGAGGGUACGCUCACAGUACGAUCACGUCAGCGUGGCUGAGGCUCAACGUGUAUAUGCAUUGCUAGUGAG